AUGCAAGAAGUAAACUCAGAGUUCGUCCACGUUCCGUCCGUGCUCAAUGGCGUCAAAGGGAAGUCCCUCCUCCUCUCUGUGGAGACUCACUUUCAAAAUGAGGAUGUUGAGAUCCAGGGCAGCUGGUACCAGACCCGGCCGGGGGGCCCCAAAACCCUCCUGGUGACCUUCCACAACCAUUCAGCCAUCAUGGUGGCCUCCAUGAGACACAGGAACCGCUUCUUUUUCCAGCCCCCCAACGCUUCUCUCCUGAUCCCCAGGCUGGACGAGGCAGCGGAGGGGGGCUAUCACCUGGACCUGGACAUUCACUUCCCCCAGAGACAGGAGUUUGUCAGGGUCGAGAGGACCAUUCAUGUCACCGUAGAUGUACCUGUGUCCACUCCUGUUAUCAGGAAGACCCCAUCUUCUACAGUUGUUGAGGACAAGGAGAACGUGACGUGGACCUGCUGGGUGGAGAACGGAACCAGGGUCCAGUACCAGUGGCUGAGGAACAACAUGCCCCUAGAUGCUAGUGAUUGCCAUCAGUUCUCCCAGGAUAACUCUACUCUGGUGAUAAGUCCUGUGAGGAAGAAGGACAUUGGACAGUACCGCUGCCUGGCCAAGAACCACAUCAGCCAGAGACAGAGCCACACCCUGGACCUUAAUGUAUUCUAUGGUCCUUACAACCUGGCUGUAAAGUCUGACCAUGGCCUGAGGACCGGGGAGGUCUUCACAGUGAACCCUGGUGAGCUGGUGUUCUUCGACUGUCAGGCCGACUCCAACCCUCCCAACAGCUGUAUGUGGAUCUCUAAGACCAACAACGCUACUGAGGUCAUCACUGUGGGACUGCGCCUGGAGGUCACCUCAUACAAGCUGGCCCAGGCCGAGGAGUUCCUGUGCAGGGCGUUUAACAAUGUGACCCAGAAGCAGGACGAGACCCAGUUCACCCUGGUGGUGGCCAGCCUGGGGACAGGAAAGGAGAGAUAUGUCCAGGAAAGCAACUCAUUCUCUCCUCUGGCUGCCAUCACUCUGUCCUGUCUGUUGAUUACUGGCUGUAUGUUACUGGCCUACUUCAUAAAGACCUGUCAUCAUCCCAAGAGAGUUCUCAUGAACAUCUAUAACAGGUAA